AUGGCAUAUAACAAUCAACCCGCUGUCCGGCGAGCCAGUGACCAAGAAGCACAGAUACUCUGCGAGACGGCGGAUGGGAUGAUUUAUAUUGGCGAUUGCAUGAUGAUCAUCACGUCCUGGGGUUAUAACUCACUGGAUUCAAUCUUCAAACAUGUCCUGCGAGAAUGCCAAAACAACAUUUGGCAAGAAAUGCAACUAAAGGAGUUUCUUCGAGCUGCAGAGGGGGAUAGCUUGCUAUCAUUUGGUGGAAAAUGGGCAAAUCCACCGACUCCAAACAUUGCACUAUUGAUGGCGAUGUGUGGUAAUGUUGGCGUUGCGACUGCCUUUCCACAUGAUACUAUCAAAGGAUGGGAAGAGUCGAUGGUGUCGAGAGCUACCCGCGAGGCAUUCUCCACAUUGAUGGACCUCCCUGGAUUUGCAAUAGCACCGCGUGAUAUCUUUCACCGUAUCUCUGAGGCUCCGGAUGAUAUUAUGGUCAUGGAUGAAUACAAGACGGUCAAUAAUUAUGGCUGUCAAUUCGGUGGGAUCCGAGGUUGGCUAUCUACCAACCUCUCUGAAUUCACGCUUCGAAUGUCUCGGAUAUGGUCCCAGGACCAUGAUCCGAACCUUGCUAUCCACCCAGUGCCACUGCUCACCCAGCUCUUUGCCGUUCUACAAGCAGGCGCUCUGAGUAAAGAAUGGGGCGAGAGGUACAAUCAUAAACAAGAAGAAGGGAAUGGGUGGAAAUUGCCCGUCAACUCUCUUCUCUGGAUGCAAAUAAGUCUCUUGGAUACCUGGCUCGCUCGACAUGUCGACAUUAUGGUCGGUGGAACCGCCAUGCCAGAAUUAAGCGUACCGGCCAACAUAUCAGCAGCAGAACAUCCACCGGAUGGAAUCCUCCCCGUCUCCGAUUCUGUCGAAUGUAUCUCGCGAAGCUGGCCAACGGAGUGGACGGAAAGGGAAAAUGGGUUGGCAAGGGAUGCCGACUGGAAGUCCAGAGGGCUGGAUGAUCGCAGACGCGGUUCUGACCCUACGAGCGGCUUGUCAGCACACAAGAUUCAUGCUCAUGAAGGACUCUUCGCCAUUACUAAGAAUGAAGAACUUUGA